CCCCUUCUUAUUUUUUUUAUCUUCUUCUUGUGUGUGUUCAGUCACUGCUUCUUACAUUUUCAUUCGCCUUUGCUCCUCAGAGGAUCCCAAUCCCAAUCCACACCUGACAUUGACAACCAUGGAACCUGAUCCUCGUCAAUACGAGAAGAUCGCUAUUAAUGAAAAAGACAUCCCCAAUAUUGUUCUGUCAUAUCUUAUACAUAAUUGCUAUGAAGAGUCAGUGGAAUCAUUCAUUUCAUGCACUGGGAUUAAGAAGCCUGCAGAUUAUUUGGAAAACAUGGAGAAAAGAAAAAAAAUCUUUCACUAUGCACUGGAGAGAAAUGCACUUAAGGCUAUUGAGCUAACAGAACAGCUGGCAAAGGAUAUUCUAGAAAACAAUAAGGAUUUGCUGUUUGAUCUUCUAAGCCUUCAUUUUGUAGAGCUUGUCCGCUCUAGGAAAUGCACAGAAGCUUUGGAAUUUGCUCAGACCAAGUUGAGCCCUUUUGGAAAGGAGCAAAAAUAUAUGCAAAACCUUGAAGAUUUUAUGGCCCUUCUUGCUUAUCAGGAGCCAGAGAAAUCCCCAGUGUUUCAUUUGCUUAGCCCAGAGUAUCGUCAACAGGUUGCAGAUAGAUUGAAUCGAGCUAUUCUUGCAUACUUUAACCUUCCCAGCCACACAGCAAUGGAGAGGCUGAUACAGCAGACGACAGUAGUUAGACAGUGCUUAAGUCAGGAGGCUGGAAAGGAUGGGCACCAGCCAUUUUCCUUGAAGGAUUUUCUUAAGAGAAGAUGAGAAAGCAGUUAAAUAAAUAUCCACCUGAAAUUGGGGUAUGAAGCAAGAUUACUUUUUAUGCCUUUGUUGCCAAACAUAGGAUUAAUUUAUGGUUUGAUCAUUGGUGUAAAGUUAACGCUAUUCAUGUAUAAAAUUAUUGUACUGGGUAACUGGGCUAUCUAGAUCUUUCUGGUUUUGAAGUAGGAGCGUUCCAUGAAAAUGGAGAAGAUUGCAAUUGGUGCCGAGUGGAAAUUUACAAUUUUGAAGCGGGGAAGCUUCUCCCCAAAAUUGACUUUAGAAUCAA